GUUAUUAAUUGUAGCUUAUUAAUUGUUAUUAAUUGUAGCUUAUUAAUUGUAGCUUAUUAAGCUGCUCCUUAUUAGUGUUGCCAGAUGGCAGUUUUCCAGACAAAUUGGGCUACUAAUUUAAAGCCCAGGCGGGUUUUACAAGGACAAACUAAGGUAGACAUUUGGGCCAUUUGUAUGUAAGUGACGCACUAACCCCGCCCCAGCGAUACAACUCCACUGACAUCAUUGUGCCCUCCUCUGAUGUCAUCAUGCCACACCCCAACAUCACUGCCCCGCCUCCUUUGUUCAGGUUUAGCCCGUGGCAACUGUGACAACCCUACCCAGUAGCCCCCAUCUUCUUUUCUGCCCAAUCGCUGCCCAUUCACUGCCCAAUCGCUGCCCAUUCACUGCCCAAUUACUGCCCAAUCACUGCCCAAUUACUGUCCAAACGCUGCCCUAUCACUGCCUGAUCAUUGCCCAAUUACUGCCCAAUCACCACCCAUUCACUGCCCAAUCACUGCCCAAUCACUACCCAUUCACUGCCCGAUCAUUGCCCAAUCACUGCCCAUUCGCUGUCCUAUCACUGCCCAAUAACUACCCAUUCACUGCCCAUUCGCUGCCCAUUCACUACCCAAUCAUUGCCCAUUCACUGCCCAUUUGCUGCCCAUUCACUGCCCAAUCACUGCACACACUGUGGUCAGCUGUCCCUCUGAGCUGUAUGAGACGGGCAAUAAGGAAGCUGCAGAAUGGUGACAAGGUUCAAGUGAAGAAAUAAUAAAAGAAUGACAUUUAAAGUGACAGAAGAUUUGUUUGUGGGAGCGACACAUGAAGACUUAUUGAUAAACACAAAACAUAAACAAAUGCACCUAUAUCUCUAUACAGGAUGCUGGCGGUCUCCCUGCUGUUUGUGACAUUCUUGCUGGGGGCUUUGGGGGGCUUCCUCUUGCUUCUCCCGAAGCAGAGCAGGUGGGCACACAAGUGGUUGGUCAAAUACUGGCGCUGGAGGUGCAACCGAGUCCUGUCCAGAGGGAAACAUCGGCACAAGUUGGAGGAGGACACGGGAGAUGCUGAGAGGAUUCAGGAGAAGAUUCUGCUGGGAAUGUUGGAGGAGCUGCAAGAGACAGACUAUGGGCAGAGACACCGCUUCAGAGACCUCACAGACGUCUCGUCCUUCCGGAAGCUGCAGCCAUUGACUGGUUACCAGCACUACAAAGACUACAUUGAGCAGAUAUCAGAGGGUGCAGAGAAUAUCCUGGUGCCAGGAAAAACACUUGCAUUAGUGGCAACAGCUGGUACACGGGGGUCCCCUCGCACAGUGCCUGUCACAGAAUGUAGUGCCACCGAGCGCUUCCAGCAGGGAACCAUGGUGUGCCUGGAAGUCAUUCACAGCCAUUUCCCUGGGGCAUUGGAGAAGGUGGCCAGGUUUUCAGUCCCACCAAGUAUUUGUCAUUGGAAAUCUGGGAUCAGCAUUGGUCCAUACCCAUCCAUAGCUUCCUAUAAGUUCCUGGAGCACCUCUACACCCCAAAACUCCCUAGUGACCCCACUAUGUCCUCCUACGACAUGUUGUACAUUCAGCUGCUCUUUGCCUUAAAGGACACAGGUCUGACUGCCCUGCAGGCCGACUUUUCUUGGCUCCUGCACAGAGUAUUCUCCAUCUUGGAAACAGAGUGGAAGACUCUUGUCAAGGAUAUUAUGCAGGGGUUCAUCAGUCCGGAGAGGAAGCUUCCCCAGGACAUCAGAAAACAACUAGAGACUCUUCUGUUACCAGACCCCAGACGUGCUAGAGAGCUUCAUACUCACUGUGAGAAUGGCUUUCUGGCCAUUGCUAAGAGAAUAUGGCCUAGGCUGCAAGUGGCCAUAACAGUGUGCUCAGGCAGCAGUGAGCUGGAGGGCCGCUUUCUUCAAGAUGGGCCGUGCCAGGGGGUUACGCUUUAUUCUCCUUUAUACUGUGCAGCAGAAGGGUUAGUUGGGGUGAACAUUUCUCCAAUGGCUGUGGCCCCUCGUUAUGUGCUUUGCCCCCGCUCAGCAUUUUUUGAAUUCAUCCCAGUCAGAGUAGGAAUGGAAGAAUCAGAAGAAACAAAAUGUUUACAAGAUAUUUGUGUUGAGGAGGCCUAUGAGCUGGUCAUAACCACCAAAGAUGGAUUGUUCAGGUACAGACUCGGGGAUGUUGUACAAGUAACUGGUUUUCACAACAAAAGCCCCAUCUUGGAAUUUCUCUACAGGAAAAGCCAGACUUUAAGUGUUCGGGGAGAGCAAAUAACAGAAGAUGAGUUUUAUAGGAUCCUAUUGCGGACGGUUCGGCUUUGGCCUGGAGUUGCUCUAAUCAACUACUGCUGUGCAGAGAGUGGCAUUCUGGGGCAAUAUUCUGGAGGAUCAGACCCUCAUUAUGAAGUUUUCAUUGCAGUGAAGGGGGUCAGAGACCUGUCAGAAGAACAGAGAUAUAAGUUGGAUCAGGUUCUUCAGGAGCAUUUCCCUCUCUACAAGAGCUUUCGAUUUAAAGGCAGCAUUGGACCGGUCCGUGUUUACCUGACAAGUCCCAAGUCUUUCGCUAAUCUUCUGGAGCUUUGUUCCUCCCUCUCUGGAGCUCCCCUCCAUGCGAUACAACCCCCAAGAACUCUAAGAUACAGGGAGUUGGCUGAGAGUAUCAGGAAACAGGUCAUAUCCUGACCUUUCCAACACCAAAGAGAAUGACGCAGAACUGCCGGUGAUUUGCAAAUUGUCGCUGAUCAAUUCAAACGGCGUCGUUGCAGUUUGGCCAGUCUGUCCUUCACAUAUAAAUGUGAUAUCUGAUGCUUCACUUGUACAAAUAAUGACUAAAGCUAAACAUGCGGAAUCUGCAGAUUCUAGGGCUCAUUUCUCUAGGGUAGCACAUCGAUAUUUUUACAUCAAGAUCGGCCAUUAACCAAUAAAUCGCAUGAAAGCGCUGGAUUAAGUCAAAAUAUAUCUAAUAUGGCAUCACGGCACCUGCAGAGCAAAGGUAAAAUGUCUCGUCACUGCUAGCGCUUGUCAGAUCAUUCAAAUUCAUAAUGAUAUAUGGGGAAAUAAUUCUUGGUCCUGUAACCAUUAGCGACCAGACAGCUGCAAACUUCAUCCUAUUAUAAAGGUAUUGAAUUGCUUGUUAUGGUUUGUAAUAUUUGUAUGAGAGCUGACACUGUACAGUCCCUGUAUGGAGAGAGAGAGAGAUAGGAUUUGUGCUGAAGUCACUUAACUCCAUUACACAACCUAAGCAAAGGGGGUCCCCCUAUAAAUAGAUGUAGUAUGAGACCUAACUCAAUCUCAAUAAUGAAGUUAUUAAUUCACAACCCAUAUAGAAUUUUUCAUUGAAUAGAUUUAGAAUGUGUCUCCUUUCAGUGAAACGAAACUCAUUUUUGCAAUUGUUCCCCUUUAAAUACAUAUAAAUAGUUCAUAGUGAAGAUGUAGCGUGAUGUAUCCCAAUGGUGCAGUGAAUUGUCAGCACUGACAUAGAGCCUGUGGAUCAACUGAAUGAAGCAAACAGAAGCGGUUUUGCCAUUUCCAAAAAUUCUUUCUUCAACUUACUCCCUUUUCCAGACAUCAGUGACAAUUCUCAAAUACUCGGAGUCUAAAUUGCCUGAACUAUUGGGAUGUUGUUCCAGGCGCGGCACCUAUAGAAGGCUGACUUCAUUUAGUCCAAGAUCAGCCGGGAUAUGUCCUUGAUAGUGAAAAACGCUUUCCUCUUAUAGCACAGGUAUCCAGAAACCCAUUACGCAGAAAGCUCCGAAUUACUGAAAGAUAGUCUCCCAUAGACUCCAUUAAUCAAAUAAACCACAUUUUUAAAACGAUUUCCUGUUUCUGUCUUGUAAUAAAACCCAGCCUAUGUUUAUAUGAUUUUCUAGUAGAUUUAAGGUAUGAAGAUCCAAAUUACGGUAAGAUCCAUUAUCUGGAAACCCCCAGUUCUUGAGCAUUCUGGAUAACCGGUCCCAUACCUGUAUUAUCUCUCUUUAAUUAUAUUACCUGUCUUUAACUUGAUUUUGGACACUACUUGCACUUCAUCGUUGACAAAUUGUAUUAACCUUUUCACAUUUUACAAUAAAACUGACACGUUUUCAAGAGA